AUGGUUUGCCAACUCGGUAUCAAUGGUUUCGGUCGUAUCGGCCGUCUCGUUUUCCGUGCCGCCAUGGAGAAUCCUGAGGUCAAGGUCGUUGCUGUCAACGAUCCCUUCAUGAACAUCCCCUACAUGCAGUACCUUCUCAAGUACGAUUCCGUCCACGGUCAGUUCAAUGGUACUAUCGAGGUCGCUGAAAGCGCCCUCAUUGUGAACGGUCAGACUAUUCAGGUCUUCUCUGAGAGGAACCCCUGCGAUAUCCCGUGGGGUAAGGCCGGUGCUGAUUAUGUCUGCGAGUCCACUGGUGUCUUCACUACUGGUGAGAAGGCCUCUGGCCAUAUUCAGGGUGGUGCUAAGAAGGUUGUCAUCUCUGCUCCCCCUAAGGAUGACACUCCCAUGUUCGUGAUGGGUGUUAACAACAAGGAGUAUACGUCCGAUCUCAAGGUUGUGUCCAACGCCUCGUGCACUACUAACUGCUUGGCCCCUCUUGCUAAGAUCAUGAACGACAACUUUGGUAUUGUCGAGGGUCUCAUGUCCACCAUUCACGCCACUACUUCCACUCAAUUGACCGUCGAUGGUCCCUCUAAGGGUGGUAAGGACUGGAGAGGAGGCCGUUGCGCUGCUGCCAACGUCAUUCCUUCCUCCACCGGUGCCGCCAAGGCCGUCGGUAAGGUCAUCCCCUCUCUCAACGGUAAGUUGACUGGUAUGUCCUUCCGUGUCCUACCCUGA